ACGCCAACUUCCACCCAGGCGCCCUACGUUGCACCUGCCCCAGCUUCUAGCAGUGCCGCCGCGCCUGCCUACAGCAGCGCCCCAACCACGGGUGAGAAGUACUCCAACGUCGACAUUACCAUCUACGACAACAACGGUGGUUUCGGCGCUUGCGGUACUGAGCUCCACGACACUGACAUGAUCGUUGCCCUUGCCCAGCCCGCUUGGGGCGCGUCCACCUACAAUGUCAUGACCGGUGCUGCUACCAACCCCUGGUGCGGACAGAAGAUCCAGAUCGAGUACGAGGGCAACUCCAUCCAGGCUACCAUCAUGGACUUGUGCCCUGGAUGCGCUGAUCACGACAUUGAUCUCUCGCUUGCUGCCUGGAAGAAGCUUACCGGCAAGGACGAGAAGACGCGCCUCAAGGCCUCGUGGUCCAAGAUC